AUGUCGCCAGCGCCGCUUGCCGAGGAGGCGCAUGCUGAUCCGCAUCUGGACCAGCUGCAGGCCGUGGGCAAAGCGUUCGAUGCCCUCCUACUAACCCUCUAUCGGCUUACUCACAGACACAAUGAACUCAAGCAACAUACCGAGGAGGUUUUCAAACAGUUCACCAAUGUCACUAGGCAGGUGCCUCCCCAAGAUAGACCGCAUGCGAUGGAAGUGCAACAAACGUUAUUGGAUCAACAGAAAGAAUUGUGUCUAGGCCUUGUGCACAAGUCGCGCGUCGAAGAACAGUCGCUGAAUUCAAUGGAAGUAAUCAAGACGCUCGUUUCACACCAAAAUGUAGACGAAAAUGCCACCAGGGCCAUCGUGGAGGGAGUCAAGGGCUACAAGGCAUUGCUUCGCUCCCAAGAUGGCCUAUCCCAAAUAUCCUCUGUCAACUCCUGCAUGUUUGCACGUGGACCGGAUCCUUUCCUCGAACAAGACUUUACUACAAACGGUACCCAGGGUAACCUGCACUGUCCAUUUUCCAAACCGAAAUCACCGCGCCCAGGAAGCUCGCUGAACGGGAAGAUGGACGGACCCAAGAUCCGUGUGGACACCUGCGGACACGGUGAUCUGGACCCUAUCAAGGCGGAACAGGAGGAGCGACGCUCGAGUACCACGCCGUCUGCCCAACCGUCUGUCAACUCAUCAGGCCAGUGCCCCGUUUCUCGUUGUCCGAUUCGAUACCUGGACAAACACUCGCCGGAGGAGAUUGCGGAAUAUGUGGAAAGACACAAGCAUGAGAUUCCUCGGAGCCAUGCUAUCUGCGUCAAACGAUACCAGAGAGAUCCUCAGAACAUGCGACAGCUGGAUGCCAAGUACGGUGGCCUGAUCAAUAUGAUCAGUGGUCUCUCUGCCAAACACCAGGCCUUCCUACCGCAACGCCAAACCAAUGGAGAUGCAGACGGAGACGGAGAAGGCGAGGUCGAAGGCCCGGUAGAAGGCCUAUCUCCACCCUCCGCCUCAACAGAACGGGUGGAGAAGUGGGCAGAGAACGUUGACCCUGAAACUCCUGGACCGAAUCCCGCUCCGAAUGACGAUGACAGUCGAGAGAGUCGCUUCGAUCGUCCGCUUCGUGAAGUCCGAGUAGGUGAAUCCCCAAGCAGGCCUUGGGGUAUUCCCGUGCCUCUCACCCAGCAAACCCCCGCCUCAGUACCCUUCUCCGGAUCAGCGUCUAUUCCCAUACCCGCAGAUGUGAAGUCACCGGAAGAGAUCCCAGCCAAACCGGCCGGCCGCUGUCCAUUCGGACAUGGUGCCCCCAAGCCAGAACCUGCCCUUGAACCUGAACCUGAACCUGAACCUGAACCUGAACCUGAACCUGUAUCUGUACCUGAACCUGAACUUGAACCUGAACUUGAACCUGAACCUGAAACUGAACUUGAACUCGGGUCUACACCCAAACUUGACUCGCCGUGGUCCAACUGGGGUAAUGGCAACCAAUCCAGCUCGCCAUAUGACUGGACCAAGGAUGAGAAGGUUGCUCCGGGUGAAACAGGCGAUGCCCCAAAGGCCGAGACAACCAACCCCGACUUCAACUCUCUCCCGAGCCAUGUCACCUUCAAUGGCCCAGUCUUCUUUGGAUACUCGGCUGAGCAGACAGCCGCCCUGAUGCAGCAACUGGGCCAAUUUGGCAAAUCCUAA